AUGACAGUCUGGUGGAGGUCUCUCUUUCCCCUCUGCUACAUCCUGAGCUGUGUGCAGCUGUACUGCGCCUCAUCUCAAGUCCCCCAGAAGGCCAAGUACAACUACUCCUUACGCCUCACCAGGCUCACCCGAACUGGCGUCCAGCGCCUGCUCAACACAUAUAAUGAGCAGCAACUGGGAAACAAGGAUUUUGAAAACAGAAGUCUGAGAUUGAGCAGCCUGCCUUUGCUUUCUACAGAGUUCGACAGCUGGCUGAGGCUGACGGACUGGGAGCGACUGCGCACUGCUUCCUGGGAUCUGCACACCUACUGGGACAUGCUGGAGCGGAAGAGGAAACAGCUGGAGGGGGCGGAGGGUGAGCAGAUGGCGGGACAGCAGGGCCAGUCCACCAUGACUUUACUUCAGAGCAUAAAGAACAUUCAGCUGGACCUGAGGGAUCUCAUGAAACAAGUCAGCUUUCAGAUGAGCCACAUGAACAGCUCUAGUGUGAACCCGACAGCAUCAACACCAUCACAGAACCCGCCCCCAAGCUACCAGCCGCCUUCUAACUUGACAUGGGCCAGCCGGGUGGAAGGUUACAUCAUUCUGAGGGAUCUAAACCUCUACCUCAUCAAGUUGGCAAGAGACUUCCUCUUGCUGGCCUCAAAAAUACAGUUAUGA